UAACGAUAUUUAUAUCGGGCCAGGAACAAUUGAAUUGGCCAGAGUUCUAGACUUGGCGCUAGUCUGGUACCAAGUAGACGAUGAUGAUUGUGUGUGGAGGGGGGUGGGGAGGAUUAUCUAGCAAGGAGGUUCACCCAUGAACUCGAACAUCUCCGUUUUUUUUUUCGUCAAAAUCAUCCUGACGCCUGGAACAAUUGAGUAUAUAAAGGUCGGUCGUUUGAAGGCGGGAGUAAAAGGAAAAAAGUCCAUCUCUUUGUUCGAUCGUUUACUUUUUUUAAAUAUCCUACGUCUCAUUACCAUGCAGUUGAUCAAGCUCUCACUCGCCAUUUUUGCCGUCGGAACCCUGUUGGCGGCCACACCUGCUCAAGCAGAACCUUUCUAUUGCAGCUGCUACGACAACAAUGGAAAUGCUAACGGUCCAGUAACCGCACAAUGUUGCGGAAAAUAUGGAAUCAGUCUCAAUGGCAAUACGUGUACACUGGAGGAAAACCUUGUCAUGUUGAAGGAAGCUGCUGGAUGUUGCUCGGAGCAAGGAACUACUGGAAGAUGUACCUAGAGGAAGUUGCUAUAACGUAGCAAGACAAAUGUCUCAACCAACCAGGACUACUACCUACUAUCCUUAGUUGUUUCUUUCGCCCAUCCUCCUUUUUUCACCUUCUUGGCAUACGAUCUCUCCAUCUCCCCCCACAAUUUCUUUUCCUUCCCUCUUACUGUCGUUUUAUACCCGUGUUCUUUGGCUGGUGAUAGCGGUUAAAGUAGUAUUUGUCAAGAAUGUUGUUACAAUUAAAGCUCAU